AUGUUUUGCAUUGCAUGCCAGAGGAAGUUUAACACAAAGAAGGCAUACAAAGCUCAUGCUGAAACAGAUUCUCAUUUGAAGCAUGAAGAUGAGUAUAGUAAAAACAAAGGUUUGGUGGUUGAGAGGAACACAAGCAAUUUUAUUACGGACUUUCAAUCGUAUAUAUCUCAGAUUCCGGAGUACAAAGAGAUGGGACAGGUUUAUAAAGAGUAUCUGAGCAAAAGCCGGUUUCGAAUUGAGGGCACGCGAUUCAAAAGCAUAGAGGAAGUGAUAGAGAGGAUAUGCAGCGGGAUAUCUGUUUGCAGGGAAGAUGGAAAGAUUCUUGUCAAGCAGUUGCCCAAAAUCGAUGCCAACGCAUUGAAAAGAAUGCCGCUUCUUAAUUUGGAAAGACUUGCACAACCUUUCAGAAUACGUGUUGUUGAUAGGAAGAAAAUAAGAAGAUUGCUGUAA